GCUGGGAAUCAUUUGCUUGGGGGUGGGGCAGCCCCCUGACUAUAUAAGCCUGGACCUAGGUGCCCCAGGCACCCUGGAAGCCCAGACCCUCCAGUGCUGCUCCCUGAGUUCUCCAGCCUGACCCUCCAGCAGUCCUGGCAAUGAGAGGAAAAGCCACCUGGGAAGCCCUUGCCUGUGGUCCGGAGGAGACUGCCUCUGAGUCUGCGAAUGUGCCCACCACAGAGCCCUCUGGAGAAGUGGCAGCACCGAAGUCCACCGGGGAAGAGCAGUCUCCCAAGCCACAGGAGCCUGCCCCUCAGGCGCCUGCCCCCGCAGCCUCUAAACCCGCACCUCCAAGUGAAGAUGUCCCCAGUGCCCCGCUGUUGCUGGCUGUGGAGGACGUGAGUGACAGCGCGGUGACUGUGAGCUGGGAACCCCCGGAGAGGCUAGGGAAGCUGGGGCUCCAGGGCUAUGUUCUGGAACUCCGCCGAGAGGGAGCCUCGGAGUGGGUGCCUGUGAAUUCCCGGCCCAUGAUGGUGACCCAGCAGACCAUGCGGAACCUGGCUCUAGGUGACAAGUUCUUCGUACGUGUGACUGCAGUGAGCUCUGCAGGGGCUGGCCCACCAGCUGUGCUGGACCAGCCUGUCCACAUCCAAAGGAUCAUUGAGGCCCCCAGGAUCCGCAUUCCCCGCCACCUUCGACAGACCUAUGUCCGUCAGGUGGGAGAGAUGAUUAACCUGCAAAUCCCCUUCCAGGGGAGUCCCAAGCCUCAGGCCUCAUGGACCCACAACGGUCACGCCCUGGACAGCCAGCGGGUGAGUGUGCACACCGGGGACCAGGACUCCAUCCUCUUCAUCCGCUCAGCCCAGCGCUCCGACUCAGGCUGCUAUGAGCUCACUGUACAGCUGGAAGGCCUGGAGGCCAAGGCAGCCAUCGACAUCCUGGUGAUCGAGAAACCUGGAUCCCCCAGCAGCAUCAGACUACUGGAUGUCUGGGGCUGCAACGCUGCCCUCGAGUGGACACCACCCAAGGACACAGGCAACACAGAGCUCCUGGGCUACACAGUGCAGAAGGCAGACAAAAAGACAGGGCAAUGGUUCACAGUGCUGGAGCGCUACCACCCGACCACCUGCGCUAUCUCCGACCUCAUCGUGGGUAACUCUUACUCCUUCCGAGUCUUCUCGGAAAACCUGUGUGGACUCAGUGCCUCGGCGGCCGUCACCAAGGAGCUCGCCCAUAUCCAGAAGACAGAUAUUGUUGCCAAACCUAAAAGCUUUGUUGAGCGAGACUUCUCAGAAGCCCCCUCGUUCACCCAGCCCCUGGCUGACCACACCUCCACCCCUGGCUACAGCACGCAGCUCUUCUGCAGUGUCCGAGCAUCACCCAAGCCCAGGAUCAUCUGGAUGAAAAACAAUAUGGACAUCCAGGGUGAUCCCAAAUACCGCGCCCUCUCUGAGCAAGGUGUCUGCACCCUGGAGAUCCGGAAACCCAGCCCCUUCGAUUCCGGGGUCUACACCUGCAAGGCCAUCAAUGUGCUGGGGGAGGCGUCUGUGGACUGCCGGCUGGAGGUCAAAGCCUCAGCCACACACUGAAGAGCCACUGGUGGAGGCUGUGAUGAGGAGGAAGGUGCUGCAGGCCUGAGGGUUCAGGGCAGCCAGGCCCAGAAUCAAGCUCCACGGAGGCCAGAGGUCCCCAUCUCCAUAGUGAUGACUGAUGGCUUUGCUCCUUGGUACCUGCCUAGCAGGCCCCAGGCCAGGCUUCCUGGAUACAAGGGGCCCUGGAAAGUGCAAAGAUUGGAGCGCUUCUGCAGAGAGUUGUACACUGGGCGAGAAGCACUUGAAUAAAGGUGUGUGGUGAUACAGUGCAGGGGCCUCUGUGACAAGCACCGUCAUGAUGGGGGCGGCACUGCGUCACCACGAGGGGGUGUUGAAUGCGUCACCACGAGGGGGUGUUGAAUGUGUCGCCACGAGGGGGUCUCCACCUCUGACACCAUGAGGAAGGUGCCAGUGGGAGGGGGCUCGCAGUGUCAUGGGGGUUUUCCAGACAUGAGAGUUUUUAGGAUCUCAUUUCACAUGCAGAGUUUGCUACCCAAAGAGGAUAACUGUAGGAACAGACACACCCUUCUUUGGAACCCUCGUUGCUCCAAAUGCCUCCAAGUCCCCCCUCUCUUCACUUCUCCCCAUCCCCCACCAUUGCUUUUUCUCUGUUGAGGUUGUUUGUUGCCCUCAGAUAGUGGUGGGGUACGUUCUCCAUGAGAGUUCACAGUCUUUUAUUAGUCAAGUGGCCCACCCUGGGAGCCAGGGGAUAUCCCACCUCUGAGAGAGGGAAGGGCCUGGAAUCAUGUCUGGAGUUGCUAUUCACACUUAGAACCUGGCCCCUCAUUCCUCUGUAUAAGGAGCUUUGGGCUUGGCCAGGAGUGGACCCUUCCCCAAGGGUUUAGUCUAAAGGCCUAGACUCUGCAACAGAGCCUCAAAGCCCAUGAACACUGUGCUAAGUGUCAGGGGUACUGAGGGUACCUAAAUUCUGGUAAGACCUUCCUGCCCAUACACCCAGGAGGGUAGUCUCCUCUGGCCUGACCACCCUGUCACACUUCAGCCCAGCGUGACCACAGCAGCCCACUUUCCCUUCUUCAUCCACUCCCCAGGCAGGCAGAAUACUCCCAAGAGUUGGCAUGUCUGGGGCUCUCCUCUCCAUCUGGCUCAGAGGCAACAGAGAUGGGUGUCACCUAGGAGGGCACAUGCCCAUCACCGAGAGCUGGUGGCCCAGAGGACAGGCAGUUACACUCCAAGUCUCCUACUUGGGAGGCUCGGGGCAAGAAUGAGGGCUCAACACUGUCUCCCAGUGGCUGUUUGAGGCCCACACCUACCAUUCCACAUUAGCUCCAGAGAGCUCAGAGCCCCCAGUCAGGUCCAAGGGCUAGUGGAGAAUAAAGCAAAUACUGGAAAUUAUUUCUGGACUCGCUCUUUCGGCCUCUCCCAAGUAUAACCCCAGGGCAAAGAGAGCAGGCACCCUGGCAUGCAUCAUGGCCAGGAACGCAGGGUUCUGGGAGGUGGGGACAGAGGCUCCUUGAUUCCUGCCUGUCAGUGGCUCUGGCCACCUUCUGCUACAGAACAGGAGAGAAAACAAGGCCAGGACAUCUAGUUUCUCUCCUUCCCUCCAUCUUGGCGGGGAUAUUCUCCUCUCCUUAAACUUGGUCCCAGGGCUGUACCACUACCACCUAAGACAAGCAGACUCCCCUCCCUUCCCGCCAUGGGAGCUGAGCUUGCCCUCCUGGCCCACAUGGCCCCAUGGCAGUCUCAGUGUCCCCAAGCCCCACUCAGCCUGAUGUGCUGGGCUGCCUGUGGGUUGGUCAGGCAGGUGGGGAGGCUCAAGCCACUUUCCUCCUCCCCUCAGUUUACCUCGUU